CUCUCUUUUAUUUGUGCCGCUGCAAAUCCUAAUCCUCUUCUUCCUUUAUCACCCUUUCAAAUUAUCCCUAUUUACUUUUUCUAUAUUUUUCUUCUUCUCAAAUUUUCUUCCCUGCAUUGCUCUUCUGCAACGCAAGAACAAUGGACAGUGGCGGCCACUACAACCCCCGCACUGUCGAAGAGGUUUUCCGGGACUUCAAGGGCCGCAGGGCUGGCAUGAUCAAAGCCCUUACCACUGAUGUGGAGGAGUUUUAUCAGCAGUGCGAUCCUGAAAAGGAGAACCUAUGUCUAUAUGGAUUCCCCAAUGAACAAUGGGAAGUUAAUUUGCCAGCUGAAGAAGUUCCUCCAGAACUUCCCGAACCUGCAUUGGGCAUAAACUUUGCUAGGGAUGGGAUGCAAGAAAAGGACUGGUUAUCUUUAGUUGCUGUUCACAGUGAUGCAUGGCUACAGUCAGUGGCUUUCUACUUUGGAGCGAGAUUUGGUUUUGAUAAAGCUGACAGGAAACGCCUGUUCACUAUGAUUAAUGAUCUGCCUACUAUAUUCGAGGUCGUAACUGGAUCUGCAAUGAAACAGGCAAAGGAGAAGUCAACAGACCGCAACAGCAGCAAAUCAAAGUCCGGUUCAAAACGAGGAUCUGAAUCUGUGAAGUAUGUAAAACAAGAAGUUAAGGAGGAGGAGGUAUUGGACGAAGAAGUAGACGAGGAACACGGAGAGACCUUGUGUGGCGCUUGUGGGGAGAACUAUGCAUCCGAUGAGUUCUGGAUUUGUUGCGACAUAUGCGAGAAGUGGUUUCAUGGCAAGUGUGUGAAAAUCACUCCUGCCCGUGCUGAGCACAUCAAACACUACAAGUGCCCCUCAUGCAGCAACAAGAGAGCAAAACCUUGAUAUCAUAUAUAAGUGGUGUUAUGGGACAAAAAUUAAGGUGUGCGUUUACUGCUUUUGCUAUCACCAGAAUGAAGAGUGGAAUUAUUGGUCAGAUGAAAGAUGACAUGAAAAAAAUGUUCCAGACUAAUGGAUUCCGCUUCAUAACAAUGUUUUCAAUGCACCAGAUCUUGUUACCCUUCUGAAUAAGACACUAAGGAUUAGUAUUAGAAGUCUGAUGCUCAGUGCUGUGGCCAACAAUGGCACCAUGGCACUAGGGGGAGACAGGGUCAGCGAGAACGAUGAAAUUAAGGUGCCAUGUAAGAGUAUGUUUGUUUCUGCAGUCUUGUUAUUUCUACUUUCGCUCUUAUAAUAUAUAAAAUGAUUAAUGUACUCUUGACGUAGUAUUUUAUAAUAAAU